AUGUUAGCAGCAUUGAAAAGACAAUGGUCAAUGUAUGACCUUCAAUAUGUGUUUAUCGCUCUAGUCUUUUUUGUUGACUUUUCAAUCAUACAAUUACCGACGUUGAUUCCUCGAUUCAUUUUAGCAGGUCUUUUGAUAACCUCAUUCUUUAUUCCAUACAUCAAACGUUUUACUGUACCCGCUUUACCCAUUUUCACUUGGCUCACCACAUUUUAUGCCUGUCAAUUCAUUCCUCUCGAUUAUCGACCCGAUCAUAUCUUUGUCAACCUUUUGCCUACACUUGAACGUAUCCUUUAUGGUGCCAACCUUUCAGAGAUCAUUUCUCAACAUACUCAUCCUGUACUUGAUGUCUUGGCCUGGCUUCCUUAUGGUGUCAUUCACUUUUCAUUUCCUUUUAUUCUCUCUUUAUUGUUGUUUGUCUAUGGUCCUCCGGGUUGUCUCAAGAUUUUCGGCAAAGCAUUUGGUUUUAUGAACCUUGCUGGUGUUUUGACUCAAUUACUGUUUCCUAAUGCAUCUCCAUGGUAUGAAAUAAUUUACGGCUCAGCUCCUGCUGACUAUUCCAUUCCUGGUGAGGCAGGCGGAUUACUACGUAUUGAUGAAAUUCUAGGGUUAGACCUCUAUGGUUCCACUUUUGGCACUUCUCCUCUUGUGUUUGGUGCUUUUCCUUCACUUCAUUCUGGCUGUGCUACCAUUGAAAUGCUCUUUUUUGCCUACUUGUUUCCUCGCAUGAAACCUGUUGCUAUCUUUUACGUCAUGUGGAUGUGGUUCUCCACUAUGUAUCUUACGCAUCAUUACAUGAUUGAUCUUGUCGGGGCUCUAUUUAUGCUAUCCUCGCUUUUGCAGUCGCACAAAACUUUUUGCCUAAACAUUGAACACGAUCCUCGCGAUUACUACAAGCUUCCAAUGACAUCAGACGAAGAAGAAAAGAAUGUCGUAAGAGCCAUCCGACCUGAACCUUUAAGGGUUGCCACCGCUGAAUUAUUUACAACUUACAAGACAGAAGAAGAAGUAGUAGCAUUACCUGCUUUAUCUCCUGGCUAUUGGUCUUCUACUUCUGAACCCACUUCACCCAUCACUCCUCAUACGCCUUCAUCAGGCAGUCCUCGCUUGCAAUUCAACAAACCAUAA